CCAAACCCCUCGACCGCCGGGGCUUAUCCGCUCUUCGGACCUCGCCUGCUCCGCUCCUCAGCUCAGCUCAGCUCGCUCCCCACAGCUGCCACGCCAUGGAGGCGGCCGCCGCCCUCUCCCCUCCCCGCGUCGCCGCCCUCGACGCCCGCGCCCUCUUUUCCCCUCCCACCGCCCUCCCCUCCUCUCCCUCCUCCCGCCUCCGCCUCGCGGCCCGCCCGCGCGCGCUCGCCGCCUCCCCCUCCUCCGUCGUGGCCACCCCCAGGCAGCGGUUCCUGACCCCGCACCCGGACCCCGCCGCCGGCCGCGGCGCCAGGGACGUCGUCGCGAUGGUCAUCCCGUUCCUGAGGGGACACGCAUUUGAGCAGCCGCCGCCGGACCUGGCCUCGUUCCUGUACAAGAACAGGAUCGUGUACCUGGGGAUGUGCCUCGUGCCGUCGGUGACGGAGCUCAUGCUCGCCGAGUUUCUCUACCUCCAGUACGAGGACGCCGAGAAGCCCAUCUACAUGUACAUCAACUCCACCGGCACGACCAAGAAUGGCGAGAAAUUGGGUUAUGAGACGGAAGCUUUUGCUGUUUAUGAUGCCAUGAGGUAUGUGAAAAUCCCAAUUUUUACACUGUGCAUUGGCAAUGCAUGGGGAGAAGCUGCUUUACUCUUGGCUGCUGGUGCUAAAGGUAACCGUGCUGCACUUCCAUCAUCGACGAUAAUGAUGAAGCAGCCAAUUGGUCGAUUUCAAGGUCAGGCGACAGAUGUUGACAUAGCAAGAAAGGAAAUACGAAAUGUGAAGAUAGAAAUGGUUAAGCUACUGUCGAGGCACAUCGGUAAACCAAUGGACGAGAUUGCUCGGGACAUCAGACGGCCUAAAUACUUCAGUCCUAGUGAAGCGGUGGAUUACGGCAUCAUUGACAAGGUGCUGCAAAAUGUGAAAAGUCAAACAGACGCCGGCGUUGUAUCGGAAGUAAAAAAAGAAUUAAUUUGACAUCAGGAUGCGAUAUAACUAGGCACAUUUUUGUAAGAUUCUGGAUAGGCAAAUGCAGUGCAGAAGAUGUUAGGUUGGGAUUGCCGUUUGGAUUUGGUGGCCGAAUAAUGCUUUGUUUCUAUGGCUGGGUUGGUGUAGCUCGAUCUGGUUCCUUGAGCUCUUGUUUUUCUCCCCGAGAUGUGUAUUUUUCAUAGGGUUAAAAAAAGUUCUUUUUCAUGAAAA